GACGAGAUUAGUGAGACGUCGCUGGGGAAAUAUGGCGACCGGUCGUCGAGCAGCUCUGACCAACGAUACUAGUGUGCCAUCGCAUAAUGAUCCUGGUAGAGAAUUAUUUGAAGCAUGCAGGAAUGGAGACUUAAACAAAGUGAAAAAGUUAGUAUCUUCCCAUAACGUCAAUGCAAAGGAUACUGCUGGAAGAAAGUCUACUCCUCUUCACUUCGCUGCAGGUUUCGGACGUAAAGAUGUUGUGGAACAUUUGCUUGAGAAUGGUGCCAAUGUUCAUGCUCGUGAUGAUGGGGGUCUGAUUCCUUUGCACAAUGCAUGUUCCUUUGGUCAUGCAGAAGUUGUGCAGUUGUUGUUGCGUCAUGGAGCUGACCCCAAUGCUAGAGACAAUUGGAAUUACACACCACUUCAUGAGGCAGCCAUUAAGGGAAAGAUUGAUGUUUGCAUUGUUCUUCUUCAGCAUGGUGCAGACCCUAAUAUCAGAAACACAGAUGGGAAAACAGCACUAGAUCUGGCUGAUUCCUCUGCUAAAGCAGUGCUGACAGGCGAAUAUAAAAAGGAUGAACUGUUAGAGGCUGCUCGAAGUGGUAAUGAAGAACAGAUGAUGGCUCUCCUGACACCACUUAAUGUUAACUGUCAUGCCAGUGAUGGGAGAAAGUCCACGCCUUUGCACCUAGCUGCUGGAUACAACCGCACACGCAUUGUCCAGUUGUUACUGCAGCAUGGGGCAGAUGUCCAUGCAAAAGAUAAAGGUGGAUUGGUUCCUCUACACAAUGCCUGUUCAUAUGGGCACUUUGAAGUUACAGAAAUGUUACUAAAGGCAGGGGCCAGCGUUAAUGCUGUGGACCUAUGGCAGUUUACCCCACUGCAUGAAGCAGCAUCAAAGUCACGGGUUGAGGUUUGCUCACUCCUUCUGUCACAUGGGGCAGACCCAAACCUUGUCAAUUGUCACUCUAAAUCGAUCAUAGAUGUUGCUCCAACCCGAGAGCUUCAGGAACGCAUACAGUUUGAAUACAAAGGUCACUCUCUGCUGGAAGGUGCCAGGCAGGCUGAUCUCGCACGUGUCAAAAAAUAUCUGUCAGUUGAUGUUGUCAACUUCAAACAUCCAUACAACGGUGAUUCCGCUCUACACUGUGCUGCAGCUUCACCAUUCCCCAAGCGAAAGCAAGUAGUGGAGCUCCUCAUCAGAAAAGGAGCAAACCUCAAUGACAAGAACAAAGAUUACCUUACAGCUUUACACAUUGCUGCAGACAAGGCACAUUAUGAUGUGAUGGAUGUCCUACUGAAACAUGGAGCCAAGGUCAAUGGGUUGGAUAGUCUAGGUCAGACAGCCCUUCAUCGUGUGGCACAGCAAGGCAACAUGCAGGCAUGUCGCCUGCUCAUGUCCUAUGCGGUUGACCCUACAAUUGUUUCUCAUCAGGGCUACACUGCUGCCCAGUUGGCCACAGAAAAUAUCCAGAAGCUGCUACAAGAGGACCCUCCAGUGGGUGGGACAGACAUUGACCUACAGCUGUUGGAAGCAGCCAAGGCAGGCGACCUAGAUCUGGUCAAGAAACUUGUGACCACCAACGUCCAUGCUGUGAAUUGUCGGGAUGUGGAUGGUCGACAUUCCACACCACUGCACUUUGCUGCAGGCUACAAUCGGGUGGCAGUGGUUGAAUAUCUGCUCGAACAUGGGGCUGAUGUGCAUGCCAAAGAUAAAGGUGGUUUGGUUCCUCUCCACAAUGCCUGCUCCUAUGGACAUUACGAGGUCACAGAAUUACUAAUCAAGCAUGGAGCAUGUGUCAAUGUGGCAGAUCUUUGGAAAUUCACGCCUUUACAUGAAGCAGCCUCCAAAGGAAAGUUUGAAAUAUGUAAACUAUUACUGAAGCAUGGUGCUGAUCCUAACAAGAAGAACCGUGAUGGCCAUACUCCACUGGAUCUUGUAAAGGAGGGUGAUCAAGAUGUAGCAGAUCUUUUGAGAGGUGAUGCAGCAUUGUUAGAAGCUGCUAAAAAGGGAAAUUUGGCUCGUGUUCAGAAAUUGGCAUCUACAGAAAAUAUCAACUGUCGUGAUACUCAAGGACGUAACUCCACACCUCUUCACUUGGCAGCUGGAUAUAAUAAUGUGGAGGUGGCGGAGUUUCUUCUGGAGAAUGGUGCUGAUGUGAAUGCUCAGGACAAAGGGGGGUUAAUUCCCUUGCACAAUGCGUCUUCAUAUGGACAUGUAGACAUCGCAGCACUGCUCAUCAAAUACAACACUUGUGUUAAUGCCCAAGACCGGUGGGGGUUCACACCCCUGCAUGAAGCUGCCCAAAAAGGACGCACACAGUUGUGUGCCUUGCUGCUGGCCCAUGGUGCAGACCCCACAAUGAAAAAUCAGGAGGGACAUACUCCUUUGGACUUGGCAUCAGCAGACGAUGUGAAAGCUCUUCUUGCAGAUGCCAUGCCAUUACUUACACUUCCCCCAUCACUUCCCAAGGGUCAGUUGGGCAGUCUUGCCUCCAGUACCUCCUCUUCAAACAACAGUCUUUUCAACAGCAGCACUGAGGCUGUAAUGGGUGCAGUUGGUGGAACUGCCCAGGUUGGAGAUGGCUGUGCUGGUGAUCACUCAGUUGCUGAAGGAGAACGGUCUAUAGAGAGCCUCAGUGUGGCAGGCCUCCUGGCAUCUUUGGGGCUGGAGCAGCUGCGGGACAUUUUUGAGCAAGAGCAGAUAACUAUGGAUAUUUUAAUGGAGAUGGGUCAUGAAGAGUUGAAGGACAUUGGUAUCAAUGCUUAUGGCCAUCGACAUAAGAUACUCAAGGGUGUUGAGAAACUGGUCUCCUGCCGAGGUAUUCGCACAGUGGUUGGCAUGGCUAGCCAAGGCACAGUUCUUCUUGACUUGGGGCCUGAUGAUCCAGAAUUGAUCAGUGUUAGCGACCAGAUGCAGAGUACUCUUCGAGACCACAAAGACAAUGUAGGUGGAAUCUUCAACAGAUAUGACAUUUUAAAGGUGCAGAAAAUCCGAAACAAGAAGCUACUGGAGAAAUAUCUUCACCGGCGAAAAGAAGUUUCAGAAGAAAACCAUGGACAACCCAAUGAACAUCUUCUGUUUCAUGGCUCUCCAUUUAUCAGUGCCAUUGUUCACAAAGGUUUCGAUGAAAGACAUGCAUAUAUUGGAGGUAUGUUUGGAGCAGGUAUUUAUUUUGCGGAAAACUCAUCCAAGAGCAAUCAGUAUGUCUAUGGUAUUGGUGGAGGCACUGGUUGCCCAGUCCACAAAGACCGUUCCUGCUAUAUCUGUAACAGGCAGCUGCUGCUGUGUCGAGUGACCCUGGGCAAGUCAUUCUUACAGUUCUCAGCUAUGAAGAUGGCACACGCUCCCCCUGGUCACCAUUCAGUAACUGGCCGACCAUCACAGGGGGGGCUGAAUUAUACAGAGUAUGUCAUCUAUCGAGGUGAACAGGCAUAUCCAGAAUUCCUUAUCACAUUCAAGAUUAUUCGACCAGAACCUGUUGAGAACAAGAAGUCAUAAAAAACUGAAAUUUUUAAGUGAAUGCUUAAUUUAUUCAAACUACAGUUGAACCUAGGUAGGAACAAGAGGUUCGUCAAACAAGCCAGUGAUAACAGACAAAAACAUUGGGUGCUUGUUAAUCUUUGCAGCAACUGAACACCCACAUGAUUCUUAAAGUGAACAUUUGCGGUGACCACUUUCUCAUUUGUUGCUAUUGCUGGUUCAAGUCUUGAGACUAUUAAGAAAUAACUCAAAGCUUGGUUUGUGAAAACAAACUUUGUAGUUAUAAUUCUGUCAGCAAUGUUCUCCUGAAAAAGUUGUCGAUAAAGUUUGCAGUACCGUAUGUGAUAAAUGUUUUUGAAAGAAAAAAAAACAACUCGCGGAUCCCUCCACCUCCUCCCCAAGGUUUGAAUUUGACUCUGCAAAGACUGGUUUGUGCUUUUGUGAGAUUGUAUCUCAGAAAAUGUGAGGCAGGGCUGGAGCAGAUCAUUGGCACAAUGAUGGGUUAGUGGCAAUAAUGUCUAUGAACUUAUUUACACUCAAUCGAUCCAUUUAUGGACAGAAUGGUUCUGAUGAUUAACAGUGUAAAAUUUCAUCUUUGAAUUUCACUGGUUUUUCGAUAUCUGAUUUUGUCAUUCCUUCUUACUUCUUGCCCCAGAUGAUGGAAAAAGUCUGAGAUUUUCGUGUAUGAUUGUCUCAGAACUUAUUAACCACUUCAGUUCAUGUGUCUAAAUGAUCUCGUAACAUCGCAAAGGGGAGAGAUUUUUAAAUGAAGUAACAAUGGGCUUGCUUCACAGGAUGCAUGAGUUACAGUGCUCUAAGUCUGUAGCACCAUAAUUUUGAGAUUCAGUAUUUAGCCUUUCUUGAUUUUGAGUGGUGGGUCAGCCUCGUUGUAACUGCAGCAGUAUUGACGAGAGUGGAGGCAAAAUGAUAUCAGGUAACAUGCUUAUGAUGUCAAAUCUUUCAAUUGAGAAUGUAUGCUUGAAACCGAAGAGAAGCCCAGAUUGUUUAUUUACACAUUGCAACCAUAGUUGGACCUAAUAGUGUGCUGGUAUGGAUAAAUUGGUAUAUGUGCACGUGCAUGUGUGCUUGUGCUGAUUGUGUGCACUGCAGAGGGAAAGAAAGUUUACAGUGUAUUGUAAAGUAUGCUUGUGACUUUAUUGACAGGUAGCUUGACAUGAUUUAUUUCAAUACCUGCAGUCCAUACAUCAUGAGUUUCAAGUGAAAACAAAAAUCUGCUCAUGUUUACCACCAUUUUGUAAAUCAGUUAAAAACAAAAAGGCAAGUUUGUGUCAGGUGCUGAUAAGAUUGCACUUGGUUUUCAUAAAAUGUAUGCAAGUACGAGGCAAAAAUGUUUGUAUAACACAAACUACACCAGAACAGUCUUUUUAACUGAGCAGUUUGCAGCAAUUGCAUUAACACUAUCUGACAUCUUUGCUCAUUAGGCUGUUGACAUGGGUGUCUGUUAGGUAUGUUUGUUUUGGUUGUUCUGGAGACAUUUCAUGUGUGAACUCUUUCUUGUAUGGCAUAAAAAUUAAAAGACUGUUCAGAAUUAUGCUAGAAAGUCGGCAUUGGUCAUUGUGUUUCAAGAUGGCCAGUCUAAAUGUUUUAGGGAAAUCUGCCUGUAAAGGCUGAGAUAUCCUAUGAUAAAAAAAAAAAGCUUGGGGUGCUGAGAAUAGCCUUGAUCUGGUUUUCCACCACUGAUCACAAGAUGUGCCUGUAAUACAUGUGGACGGACAGACUGACAUUUGAGAAUAAAAUUGGUGUAUGUCAACAGACAAGCUAAUUUGUACAGCACUUCAUUUGCGUGAUGAGGGUAAUAUAUUAAGCAUAAGAACUGUGCGUAGUAGACAAAGAACUACAUAGGUACCCACCAACAGUAACACAAAUAUAUUGUUAGUGUGAACAUCAGUUUAACAUGAAAAUGGUUGAAUUGUGAAUUGAGAUACGUAUGUAGUCUGCAAACAGUGCUUCAUCCUGUUCGUGAUAUUUGUAUGUUGUAUGUCAAACAGCAUACAGUGGUAUGUUGACAUCAGCAUCGUUGGCAAAAUGCCCUUCAGUUUGAUUCUCCUGCAUGUUUCUUGUUAUAUAGGUACCAUCGAUACUGAAAUAUUUUUUGUCAUCAGUCUAAGAGUAACAUUUUUUUAAUACAAACAUCUCUCAACACUGGGAGGAAGGAAUAUUGGCUGUUGUUAUAGUAUGAUGUAAGAACAGAAGGCAUUUCCUGUGAAAUAUCCUACUGUUUAUAUUUGAGAUUGUGAUGGUGAAGCUAUGUUACACUUUCAGUGUUGGAUAAGGUGCUAUUUGGGAAGGAAAGCAUUUUCAGACACCACUGAUAUGGUAACUAGCAAGUUCUUUCCUAUGUGUGCUGAACUGCAUUAAACAGGGACAAAGUCUUUUUAAA